AUUCAUAACACAGUGGAGGGGUCAAGGCUGAUUUAAUUAAUGUUACAAGUUACAACCAAACUAAAUCACGGGCGUGAGCAGCGAUGGCAAGAGAGCGUCAACACAGGAAGACCAGGCGGUACCAGCAGAGGGUUCCAGUAGCCACAGGACAGGGUGAUCGUGGAAGGUUUUCAUUGGCACGAAAGCAGCGACAGAGAUUUAACGGGUUUGCAAACUUCAGUGUGGAUUUGUUGAUGAACUCUUGGAGCUUCCACUUCUCUAACUUUCCAGAGGAACGGAACUCUGGGAUGCUGUGGGGUUUGUUUACAAGAUAUGGAAAACUUCUGGAUGUUCAUAUCUCUAAAAAGAGGGACAGUAGUGGAGGGAAGUAUGGUUUUGUAAGGUUCCUGAAUGUGACGAGCACUUCUGCCUUGGAGGAAAGAUUGAAUCGUGUCUGGAUUGAUAAUUUCCAUCUAAGAGCCUUGUUUAACCCGGAGCAGGAGAAGAGGGCAGAAUCAGGGAAGGAGAGAGGGAAGAUGAAAUGGGUUGCAAAAGGAUCAGCACCUGCGAAUAGAGAAUCAGGGGGGGAAGUUGGAAAGGCAGAGGGGAAGCAUAGAGGCAUAGUAGGAGUUCAUAAGACCUUCUUGGAGGUUUUGAAGGGGGAUCCGCAUAAACAAGUGGAGCAAAAGAGAGAAAGUGUUAACUCUUGUGGAGGGGUGUCAAGUGAAGGGGUGUUUGGUGAUUGUGUAAAGGGCAGCAAGGUGAUUGAGUGUACUGUAGAAGAGAAGGAGUACGAUUGGCUCAAUGCAUGUGCAAUCGGAUAUGUAACCUCUCUGGAGGUUAUUUCGUCUCUCCAGGUUUUCGAAAUGGAAGGAAUUUUUAACAUUGUAGUUGUGCCCAUGGGAGGAUGCAUGGUACUGCUCAGAGGUGAUAAUACUGCUCAAAUGAAGGAGUUGGUGGUCUUAAAAGUUAAUGGACAACCGUUUCAAAUCUAUGUUUCGGAAGAAAAUUGGAGAGCAGACCCAGAAUGGUGGAUGUGUGGGAAGUCGACAGAAGCAGCAGACGGCGAGGGUGAAGAUUUAAGCUUUUCCAAUGGCUCAAGUAAUGUAGAACGUCACUAUGUUGAGGAGGAUGAAGAGGUCGGUUGGUCAGAAAGUCUUGAGGCAGUCGAAGAGAUGGGGAUGAAUUUCCCUUUACCAGAGACAAUCAAGUGAGUCUUUCCAAAAGAUGUAUGUUGAUGUUUGUUCUGGCGACGGCAAUGAAGUGAAGUCUUGGGAAUUCAGGACUGAGCCGAAAAAUAAUAAUUUAGAAAAUUGUCUUAAUAAAGGACAAUUAAAUGG